AUGAACCAAAGGCCAACUUUGAAAAUCUUGGACGUAUGUAAAACUUAUGUAGUUGUCAACAAGCCAGUUGGCGUUUUCUCACAGCCUCCAGACAUGGUGAAAUGGCGCCGAAUUCAUGGAGAAAGUCAUCCGCCUCUGCUUCUGGAUAUGGUUCGUUCUUGCAUGCAACAAAAUGAGCUGGGAUGUGAUGAGCUGAAAACAGUUCAUCGGCUAGAUACAAAUGUUACAGGAGGUGUGCUCAUCGCAAGAGAUAGGAAUGCGGCAGCUCUAUUUUCAAGAAAUCUUAAAAAAGGCGGUAAUAGUGGUCACAAGCUUGUAAGGAAGUACGUAGCGCUGGUAGAGGGAACAGCACAAGACGUGGCCAAUGAGGGCGUGCUCGAGUUUGCUGGUAUGAAGAGUUGGUUUCGAAAAAUAGACUCUGGAGCAUUAGUUUUGCAGCUUUGUACAGGCAGAAAACACCAGAUUAGGAGACAAUUAGCGGAAGGUUUGGGUCAUCCGAUUUUGAACGAUGUCAAGUACGGGGCGCGGCCAAUUGCGUCAGCCAAGCACCAAAUCGGGUUGCAUUCAGCCUUGAUUCAUACGCAAGUGGGAUUAAAGAAGAAAAACCACCUGGUACCCGUGGAUUCUGGGCGAGAUUCUCUGUGGUCAGCUUAUGUUGACGAGGCAGGCAAUUUCAGCUAUGCGGUGCAAAAAAUGCUUAUUGAAGAUUGGGGAGUUGAAUAG